ACAAGACAAAGACAUUAGAUACUAUCUAAUAGAUAGGUAGAAUCGUUUGUGAAAUAGAAACAGAAAGAAAAUAUUUACGAAAAUCUGUAAAAUAAAAUAUAGACGCACCAUAAAAGUAAAGCCAAUCAGUAAAUAAUAUAAACCAAAAUGAAUGUGAUUCAGGCGGUAAAAAUGUACAUAACAAAAAUGACGGAGGAAAGUGGACCGGGCAUGAAAGUUAUUCUCAUGGAUAAAGAAACUACUAGCAUUGUGAGCAUGGUGUUCAGCCAAUCAGAGAUCCUACAGAAGGAGGUGUAUUUGUUUGAGAGGAUCGACAGCCACUCAAAGUGGGACAACCUCAAGCACAUGAAGUGCAUUGCUUUCCUGCGGCCCACGUCCGAGAACAUCGCUCUGUUGUCCAGGGAACUGCGGUAUCCCAAAUAUGGAGUUUAUUUCAUAUACUUCAGCAAUGUUGUCUCCAAAGCGGACGUGAAGACCCUGGCUGAGUGUGAUGAGCAGGAAGCAGUCAGGGAGGUGCAGGAAGUGUUUGCAGACUACCUCGCUGUAGACAGACAUCUGUUCUCUUUCAACAUUGUUGGCUGCUUGCAAGGUCGCCUGUGGAACCAAGCGCACCUCCACCGCUGCGCCAGCGGGCUGCUGUCUCUGCUGCUGUCGCUGAAGCGGCGCUGCGUGGUGCGCUACGAGGCGGCAUCGGAGCCCUGCGCGCGGCUCGCGGAGCGCCUGCGCGACCUGCUGCGGAGGGAGGCCGUGCUCAUUGACAACAAUAUACCCUACAACGGGGAUCAGCCCACCCCGCAGCUACUCAUUAUUGAUAGGAGGGACGAUCCGGUCACUCCUCUGUUGAAUCAGUGGACGUACCAAGCGAUGGUCCACGAGCUGCUGACCAUAAACAACAAUCGCGUCAGCCUCGCGCAUGUGCCGGAUGUUCACAAAGACUUCAAGGAGGUGGUGUUGUCUUCGGAACAAGACGAAUUUUAUGCUAAGAACCUGUACUCGAACUUCGGCGAGAUAGGGCAGACGAUGAAGGCGCUGAUGGACGAGUUCCAGAAGAAGUCCAAGAGCCACCAGAAGGUGGAGAGCAUCGCCGACAUGAAGAACUUUGUGGAGUCCUACCCCUUGUUCAAGAAAAUGUCGGGCACCGUGACGAAGCACGUGACGGUGGUGGGGGAGCUGUCGGCGGCCGUGAGCCGGCACGCGCUGCUGGACGUGUCGGAGCUGGAGCAGGAGCUGGCCUGCACCAGCGACCACGCCAAGCAUCUGCAGCGCCUCCGCGCCCUGAUCGCCAACCCGUCAGUGCGCCACUCGGACGCGGCGAAGCUGGUGGCGCUGUACGCGCUGCGCUACGAGAAGCACGCUCACAACGCGCUGGCGGCGCUCAGCGAGAGCCUGCGCGCGCGCCGCUGUCCGGAGCCGCAGCUGCGCGCGCCCGCGCUCGUGCUGGAGCACGCCGGCGCGCACGCCCGCCAGAGCGACCUGUUCGGCUUGCAGGACGCGGCCAAGAUCACAAAGAGAUUGUUCAAGGGACUGCAAGGCGUAGAAAACAUUUACACGCAGCACACACCGCUCCUAAAAGACACUUUAGAAGAUCUUAUCAAAGGAAAACUCAGAGAAAAUCUAUACCCAACGUUAGGAGGCGACGACAGCGGUAACGGACGAAAACCACAAGAUAUCAUAGUUUUCAUUGUAGGGGGCGCCACAUACGAAGAGUCCUACUGCGUCCAUCAAAUAAACCAGGCGUACCCUGGAGUUAAAGUUGUGUUGGGAGGCACAACUAUCCAUAAUUCGACGUCGUAUUUGGAGGAAGUCAAAUGCGCAAUGCAGGGAGUCCAUAGGACGCAUACGAAACAUAUUAAAAAUGUUUAAUGAUACCUGGUUUUGUGAUAAAUUGAAUGUGUCAAUGAAAUGCUGAGAGUCAGAUUCGGAAGCUUUCGGGAUUAUAAUUCCAUUGAUUUAAAAUGUUUUUAUUUAAUAAUGUAGUGCAACUCAACAACAGAUAUUCAGGCAUGUCACUGGUCACUAUUGGGCGAAAUGUGUUUUCAUUAUUUCAGGUUUUAAGUGUAACUCCGUUCCUUUGUCGUGUAAAUAUAGAGUAUAUUCCGUAAUAACUAUUGUUGUAAAGUUGAAAUGUAAGUUGAGUUAAUAUUUACUGUGAUUAUUUGUUUUGUAAUCGAAUGUCUAUGUUAUGUUGUGUAUGUAUUAUUUGUGAGUUACGUGUAAUAUUUCACCGUGCUAAGUGUAAUUUAUUUAAUUUUAUUAAAUUAAAAUUUCAUAUACAAUA